UAUGGGCCGCUUUUGUUGUGUUUCGACCUGACGAAAAGCAUUAUUAAAAGUUGUGGACUUGUUGUGGUCGCUCAUAACUAAGCGAGAAGAGGACCAUGGUGCUUUCCGAAGGAAUGAUUGAAGAGUCAGGCCGCAACAGCAGCGCAAUGGCAGACAGAAGACAACUGUUUGCUGAAAUGCGUGCACUAGAUCUGGACUCUAUCAGAUUGUCCACGUAUAGGACAGCAUGCAAACUGAGAUUCAUUCAGAAGAGGUGCAAUUUGCAUAUGUUGGAUAUCUGGAAUAUUAUCGAGGUUUUCCGGGAAAACAGACUCAGCUCCAUGGACCUCAACACAGAGUUCUCAGUGUCACAUUUGCAAGCAAUACUGUCCACCAUCUAUUACCAGCUGAACAAGCGCUUGCCCACAACCCACCAGAUCAAUGUAGACCAGUCCAUCUCGUACCUCCUCAACUUCCUGUUAGCGGCCUACGAUCCGGAAGGUGUGGGAAAGAUGUCGGUUUUUGUGGUGAAGAUGGCUCUGGCUGCCCUCUGUGGAGGGAAGAUUUUGGAUAAACUAAGAUAUGUAUUUUCACAGAUAUCGGACCCAAACGGAGUGAUGAUAUACUCACAGUUUGACCAGUUCCUAAGGGAGGUGCUGAAACUGCCCAUGACGGUUUUUGAGGGACCAUCUUUUGGGUACACUGAGCAGUCCACAAGAACCUGCUUUCCACAAGAGAAAAAGGUCUCGCUCAAUGUGUUUCUUGACACAUUCAUGUCGGAUCCUCCUCCUCAGUGUCUGGUUUGGUUACCGCUGAUGCAUCGGCUGGCAAACGUUGAGAACGUCUUCCAUCCUGUGGAGUGCUCCUACUGCCACAGCCAGAGCAUGAUGGGAUUCCGCUACCGGUGCCAACAAUGUGAUAAUUACCAACUCUGCCAAGAGUGUUUCUGGAGGGGCCAUGCCUCGGGCAGCCAUAGCAACCAGCACCAGAUGAAGGAGUACAUGUCAUGGUCAGACAGGCUGCUAUCAGGUGCUCGCGAUGAGACGAAGCAAAUGAAGCUGUUUUCCCGGACGGCCCCAGAUCUUUUAAAAGGGAAAGGGGUUCAGUACAACCUCGAUAUUGCCGAUAGGCUCGCUGAUGAGCACAUACUUAUCGGACUUUAUGUGAAUCUCCUCCGAAAGGACCGUUCAUGUUUUCAGGAGAGCUGUAAAAACCAAGAUGAUGAGCAUUUCCUCAUUGCCCGUUACGCCUCCCGAUUGGCUGCUGAUGGAGCUGCAGCAAAGACCAGAGUCCCGGCGGACAUCUCUCUCUGUCUGGACUCCAAUAAACAGCAGCGACAACUUAUCGCUGAGCUUGAGAACAAGAACAAGGAGAUUUUGCAAGAGAUCCAACGCCUGCGACAACAACAUGAAGAAGCUUCCCAGCCUCCGUUAGAUAAAAGCCAACAAACCCCAACAUUACUGGCUGAACUGAGACUGCUCAGGCAGAGGAAGGAGGAGUUGGAGCAGAGGAUGUCGUCCCUUCAGGAGAGCCGUCGAGAACUCAUGGUCCAACUAGAGCAGCUCAUGCUUCUGUUAAAGGAAGAAGAGCUAAAAAGAGCUAACCAGGGCCCUGGCCCCUCCCCUCGCUCUUCCCCCAGCCACACAAUCAACACAUCCAUCCAAUCAGUGUCCGGCAAUACCACACCCAUCCCCAUGCCCAUCCAAUCAACAUCCGGCAAUACCACACCCAGUCAGACACCUCAGGACUCGCUCAUGGGCCUGGGAGGAGAGGUGCAGCAGGCCUUCGCUCAGGGCUCCAGAAGGAACUUAAGAAAUGAUCUCCUGUUAGCUGCAGACUCCAUAACCAACACAAUGUCUUCAUUGGUGAAAGAACUUAACUCGGAGGCGAGGAGUGAAACAGACAGCAUCUCUGACCUCACGUUCCCAACAUCAGACGUUCUCCACGCCAGGAGCGCUUCAAGAUCAGGGGCAGCAGGUGCGCUGGAGUCUGGGGAUUUCUAUGGACAUGAUCUAGAAAAGCAGCUGAACAGAGAGCUGAAGAUGGAGGAACGACUCAGACACAUGCAGGAACAGGACAAGAACGUCCUGGUGACCUUACAAGAAUAGCUGCGUUAUAGUGAGUAAUGGGAGAUUGAGCGACUCUGAAGCACUGUGCAACCAGACCUGAGCUGGAACAUACCACACUUCUGACAACAUCAACAAUACUGUGGUACACAACCCGAUCUAUAAAUAUAGAAAUAUAUUUUUAGAAUCUACAAGAUGUUUUAAGACAAUACUGUGAACCGACUUUGGAAAUUACAAAUAAUGGAACUGUCUACAACACCGCCAGUGCCAUAAAUCCAGUGAUUAUGAGAUUAUUUCCUUGGUGUUAAUGUGUUCGGUUUGGUUUAUUUCUGUGUGUAUCUGUUCAAACUUGUACUGUAUUUAAAUAUCUGUUGGGUAAAGUGGGGGGGUGAUCUUUAAUGAAGCUGCUAUCUUUACAAAUGGCAUCUUUUAUUGUGCAUUAAGAGCAGAAUAGCCUGACCUGAUGCUCCUUUAAAGCAUAUCAAAUAGUAGGAUUAUGUUGUAGCUUCAGUUUCUCUUUGAGAGUGGAAUGAUUUGAGAUUUUCCCAUAGUGUUUGAUACACAAAUACACUGCCUUAGCUUAUCAGACUCCGUUUAUUUUAAUAGCUGGAUAGGUGUGAGUACUUGGUUGCAAUUUAUUCAUUUUUAAAGGC